CUUCCAAAUCUUGCGGCUGAUCUUAAAAUAGGCCAGCAGGGAGAAUAAAAGAGCCACAGCGAGGAAGCUGCACCCUUAGAGGAGCGGUUGAUCCAAGAGAGAGACACACACCCUAAAGGGACUUAAAGUUUUUGCAAGUUCUUCUGCAACAAGACUCCAGGAUGAAGUACUAUGGAUGCCCCGUGUCCCAGACCCUGGGAAUCAAAGCUUACAGCCAGCGCUGCAACCUUCCAGUCACCUGCAAGAGAGCAGCCUCCCUGAAGCCGGUCCGGAGCGUCCACUUCCCCAACGACGUCGUUUUCCAGGACUAUGUCCGGCACGGCGAGCUGGAAAGGAUCGGACUUUUCAUCAGGGCCAGCAGGGUCAAGCUGGACACCAUUUACCACUCUGGAAUGGCAGCCAUCCAUGAGGCAGUCCUGACCGGGAAUCUGGAGUGUGUGCAGCUGCUGGUGCACUAUGGGGCAGAUAUCCACCAGAGAGACGAGGAGGGGUGGACCCCGCUGCACAUGGCAUGCAGUGACGGCUUCCCACACAUCGCACGCUACCUGCUGUCUCUGGGCGCCGACCCCGAGCUGGAGAACGAGUGCGGCGAGAAGCCGGCUGACCUCAUUGAGCCGGAGAACAAGGAGCUGCUGAGGCUCUUUGGGCUGGCGGUCAACGACUGAAGACCCCAGAGGUCCCUUGAGAAUCACAGUCGUCCGAAAGCCGCUGCAAGUUCUUCGGCGGUGAACGGAGAAAGCCGCAUCAGUCCAGGUUCCUGGUUUUUGAGCUGCCACAGCUCCGAGAGGGGAUGGCUGAUUGGGUGGACGAAGGGCCGGCAGAGCUGACAGACCCGUCUGACUGGACUGUUUUACUCCAGCAGCACCAACCUGCUGCAUCCUCUCUGCACCUCAGACCUUUUUAUAACUUUGCUUUUUUAUAUUGUUAUCUGAAGGUGCAGGAAUUUUCGACUUUGUGAAACAAAGCUGUUGCACUUUUUAGUUCCAUUUCUAAGAUUACUGUCAUGUUUAUGUUUUUAGCCUUUACCAGCAAGUUUGUUGUUUUGUUUUGAUAAUUUUAAAUUAAUUGUACUGUUCAUUAACUUGUUUGUCCUUU